AACAAACAGGUGGGAGGAGACCGAAGACACGAGCACAGAAACGAGACUCACGAAAAGAUGCGAGUAAAACUGAUGAGGAGGACAACGGGAACCACAAACACGAUAAGCGCGAAUAACUCAAAGCUCCUGAUUUUUACGGACCAUCGAUUAUUACACGCACACGCGCGUGAAGGGGAGCGGCUCUUUGAUCUGAGAGAAGCUCAGCUCAAAUCCGUUUGUACCGGACAGAGGGGGGAGGGGGGAGACUCCGUGACGACGCGGAGCUGCACGCGGGCUCCGGUGUUUUUCAACCAUCAGGCAUCGCAGUGACACGCGCGGUGUGUCCGUCGGGUCUGUCUGCGUCUGUCUGUCGGUAUUUCACGUCAUGCCGCGCGCGUGCUUUCACCUUAAUCGUAUUGGAGGCUGAGCUGCAGCCCGAAGAACGUGACCGGAGAGCAGAGGCUCGGUCCCGCCGGUGCGAGGAGCAGUUUACCGGAUAGACGCCGGAGGAGCUCCGCGGGUCGCAUACGGUUUGACCCAUGUGAUCAUACUGCUCAGCCCUAAUUCGCCCGUUUGCCACUCAGAUGGUGAUGUCAUCAUGAUGCUGCCAGUCACCCGGUUUAAAGGUCAGCCAGCUGGCAUGGUAACCACCACCACACCCUGGCUGUCUGUAAGCACUGACCCCUCCCCCCAGUGGCUGUGGUUGGCCAGCUGGUCAGCUGCAACAUACCAGGCCAUGCCUCCUUUGGUGUUCUACCCCCCAGCUGUGUGGAUACCUGAGCACGCACAACUGAUGCAGUGGGAACGUCCAGCAGUUGAAGUCGUUCCUCUCGUCCAGCCCUUUUAUCAGUCUUCACCUCUUCACCAUCAUUGUCAUCAUCGUUUCCCAAAGUUGCAGAUCACUGAUACCUGGUUCUCACCAGAGGAAGUGGGGGUGUUUCCAAGGAGACAGAAGCGCCUCCUAUUAACCAAUCGGAUAAUCCCGAGAUCACGUAGACAAACCUCUGCGGCCAACCUGCUGUUGGUCCCUCCUCAGCUCUCAGAUCACAUCAGGAGAGACAACACAAAGACAAGAGAUGUCGAACCUGAAGACUCUUCUUCCUCCUCGCUCCCACUACACCUCCUGUCUUUGUCUCCUCUCCCUCUCCCCACAGCUCUUCCUCCAUCAGAUGUAAUGUACUGUGAAUGGACCGGCCUUCACAAGCAGAGACACAAGGAGGCGUGGCAUCUCAUUCUACCCAAUCAGCAUCGAAGAGUGACAUGGCUCCGGCCAAUGAUAAGCUGUGAAAGUAGACCAACACCACCCAUGCAGCAGUGUGUUUCUGGACCUGUUCGUCCCUCUCAGCUCUGCACUGAAAAGUGUCCUGUGUUACCUCUCCAGGUGAUCAAAGAAGUUCAGCCUUUUUUUUCUUCACAAUUUUCUUCCAGAUUCACUUUGCUGACAAACUACAGACACAGGAAACGAGGAACGGGUGGAGGAAAGCUUUCCUAUCAAGGAGCAUUACUGCUGCGGACAAAGAAACCAGAAGACAGACAGUGUGUCAGUGUGUCUGUACACAAAGAAGAGGAUGAUGAUGAAGAGGAGGAGGACAUAAGAGAAGGAAGAAGGGAAGACAAGCGCCCUGUCGCCUCAACUCCUGUGCCUGGGUCCCCAUGGUGUGUGGUCUGGACUGGAGAUGACAGAGUGUUCUUCUUCAAUCCCACAAUCCAUCUCUCUGUGUGGGAGAGACCAGGAGAGCUGAUUGAUCGAGACAUCAGCCGCAUCAUCGAGGACCCGCCCCAUAAGAGAAAGAAGACCUCACCUUCAGAAAUCAGCUCUAGCUGUCAAUCAACUGGUCUCCAUAGGAAUGAUGAAGAUGAAGAUAAUGACCUUAAACACAGCACCAAGAGGAACAGGUGAGUCUAAACGAUGCAGGAGGUGAAAGUGUUUUUGUUUAUUUUGUUAGUAAAAGUAAAGAUGUUGCUUUGCUGAUGUCAUCACCAACCUGUGGCUCAAGAGAUGGACG